AUGAAUGAUUUGGAAGCGAUUUGCGUACGAAUCUCUUUGGCUACAGGCAGCUUGUUCCUAUACGCAUUAUACAUUCAACCGACUGCUGACAUCUCUAUUUAUAGAUCGCAUGUUGCUGCCAUAAAUGCAGUAAGGCGACACAUAACAAGCUCAGAUACGUUCCAAGUUUUGGGUGACUUCAAUCUGUAUAAUGUUGAAUGGCAUGAAAACGACGAUGGAUUCGACUACAUUCCAGUCGUUGGUGAAUCUAUGUGUGCCAGAUCAAUUAUCGCUCGAGAAGUUUCGUCAACGAUGUCCGACCAAGGACUAUUUCAAAUGUCAUCAUUCGCUAAUGUCAGCGGCAACAUUCUUGACCUCAUAUACACCGACGCUCCCGAAUUGUGUGUGAUCAACCAAGCCGAAUUCAGAAUGCUUCCUGCCUCGAUGAGCGACGUUGAUCACAUUCCCCUCUCGUGUAUGAUUGAAUGCUGUCCCAUUGUUGAUCCAACUGCCUCCGAUGAGUCAGAUUCGGUGUUCUGUUUCAAGAAAGCGGACUAUGAUGCAAUAAACGCACAUUUAUCAGAUGCUGUUAUACUCCAAGACUGUGCUCCGAACGUAAACGAGUCGGUAACCACUUUGUAUGCGAACAUCUAUGACACCUUCGAUAAGUUUGUUCCCCGUGCCACGAUCCGCUCAUCCAGCAAUCCGAAAUGGUACACCAAGCAGCUGCUACAUCUGAAAAAUGUUCGUAAUAAACAAUUCAAGAAACUAAGUGCAGAACGUAAACAUCAGCUAUCGAGUGGCAUCUCAACAGUCCUAGACGAUCGUGAAUUCCUACAAGCGAAGGAUGACUACGAAGCGCUCAGAACAGAACUGCACAGUAAUUUCAUACGUGAAAAAUCCCACUGCAUUAAAACAGACCCAAAAUCGUUCUGGCGUCAUAUCAAUUCCAAACGUAAAUCGAACAGUCUACCAGCUAUCGUUGAACUGAACGGUAAAAAAGCAACUACGAAUGCCGAAAAAUCACAUAUAUUCGCCGAAUACUUCCAGAGUGUUUACGUUGAGCACCCGAAUGAUCCAUCGAUACUUGAUUUCAUCAAUGCACGAAAUGACAACAACUGUCACGACAUCGCGUCAACGCAAGAACUUGUGAAAUUUGUACUUAGUGGACUGGAUGUGAACAAAGGCAGCGGACACGAUGGAGUUUCAUCGCUCUUCCUACGUAAAUGUGCAAUCAAUCUGGCUGGUCCGUUAAACAUUAUCUUCAAUCAAUCAUUAACCGAAAAGCGUUACCCCGACGCAUUCAAAAUUGGUCAACUGACUCCCGUCUACAAAUCAGGUCGAAAAACUGACGUUACAAACUACAGAGGAGUGAACGUGAUGCCGAAUCUUGCCAAAGUGUUCGAACGAGUAGUUUUCAUGCAGAUGAAACUAGUAAUUCCUCAUGACAUCGAAUUAUCUCAACACGCAUUCAUUCCUGGUCGAAACAUUGAAUCAAAUUUAAUGGAACUUAGUGUCGUUGCCCACGAUGCCUUCGAUCAAAACGCACAGCUCGAUACAUUCAACGUCGACAUUAGCAAAGCUUUCGACAAGGUCGCUGCGAUGAAGCUUAUCCGCAAAAUGGCUAUGUUUCCGAUAUCGAAUUCGCUUUUGCUGUGGUUCAUUUCGUACCUGACCUCCAGAGUUCAAUAUGUGCUUAUUGGGAAAGACAGAUCAAAAACAUUCAUCGUCCUCUCUGGCGUUGGCCAAGGAUCUAUUUUGGGAGUUUUCUUGUUCCUGAUGUUCUUCAAUGACUCAGACGUGCGUAUGACUGGUAUUUUCUGCCUCAAUUUCGCCGAUGACAAGAAAAUUGCUUCAAUUAUCAAGUCGGAGAAGGAUGCACUCAACCUCCAAGCUGCCAUCAAUUUGUUUUUCAAAUGGUGCAGCGACAAUGGCAUGGAAAUCAACCGAAUCAAGUCCAAAAUUAUCACAUACACAUUGAAGACCAAGCCGAUAAUUUUUGACUACACGUUGAAUGGUCAAAUUAUUCAACGAACGAACAGCAUUUUCGAUCUUGGCGUCUUGACGAACACUAGAAUGAACUUCAACUCCCAUCACGAAUAUGUGAGCAAUAAAUCCAAAUCUGUGCUGAACUUCGUGAAACGACAACGACAAUUUCUCGACGACGAUGCCACCAAAAUAGUUUACAAAGCCUUAGUACGAUCGAAUUUAGAAUUCGCUGCCUGUAUCUGGUCACCACACUUUGCAACGCAUCGGAGAACGAUAGAGAGCACACAGAAACAAUUCGUUAUGUUCCUGAAUGGUGAUCAUCUUAACAGAUCUGACAAUGACUACGUACUGAGUCCAUAUGUUGAAAGAUGUGCUGGAUUAGAUCUACAAACGUUGAUCCGGCGCAGAACGAAUGUGUGCAUACUCUUCAUCCAUUCUCUGAUCACCGGAAAGAUUAACUCACCGACACUUCGUUCACGUAUUACACUGAACUCAAGAUCAACGAGACACAAUGGUAUGAUAUUCAUUCGAGCGUGUAGGACGAGUCGAUCGUUCAACUCCCCAUUCAACAACGCCUGUCGUAUGUUCAAUGCCGUUUCGAACAUUAUCGAUCCCACAUUGCCACACAACCUCUUCCGCAAUGCCUUGUAUCGACUACCAGACUCCAACCUGACUAAUUUCUUACGAAUGUGA